GAGCUCUGCACCACUCUGAGUCCCCCUCCAGAGGAUGAAUAGGGAGGGCACGGACAAAAACUCCAUAGGAUGGAUUGUGGAGGGCGGGGGCAGUCGAGGGAGUCCCCAAAUGGAUCAUUGUUGUUACUAUUUUUGCAUCCGUAACCACCAGGCAUUCCCUUUGCACCCUUCCCAGUUUCAGACCCGGCGGCUUAGGAAGAGAUGCUCUUGUCCUUCCCCACAUCCCACAGCCAGCCCUCCCCACCCUUUUAAGCAGCUGUAGUAAAAUUCCGGAGCGGCGGAAUCCUCGGCCUGGAAUCCCUCCCGUGUGGCGGUGAACAAUCCAUCUGGGCAUGCUCAGUAUCCGGUAAAAGGGAGGAGGGGAGGAAGGCUCUCCUCAUCUCCGCAGCAACCCUUUCGACAGACUUCGGAUUCAGGCUCCACCGUGGCGGAAGAGCGGACGGCAGGGGCGGCAGCGUCCUGGAGACCCAAGAGAGAUGGAAGCGGAGGCGCCGGCGUCGUCCCGGUUGGUGGAAGAAGAACUAGAUAUGGAAGUGAUGAAGCCUUUGAUAGAUGAACAGAAUUUAGAUGGUACAUCUGAUGAAGAGCAUGAACAUGAGCUAUUGCCUGUUCAGAAGCAUUACCAAAUUGAUGGUCAAGGUGGCAUUUCAUUCGCACAAACCCUUAUGCAUCUUCUUAAAGGAAAUAUUGGAACUGGCCUUUUAGGACUCCCACUUGCAAUAAAAAAUGCUGGCAUUGUGAUUGGACCAAUCAGUCUUGUGUUUAUAGGAAUUAUAUCUGUUCACUGUAUGCACGUGUUGGUACAUUGCAGUCACUCUCUCUGUCAGAGGUUUAAAAAAUCUUCAUUAAGUUAUAGUGAUACUGUUUGUUUUGCUAUGGAAGCCAGUCCUUGGAAUUGCAUCCAAAAAAAAUCUUCCUUAGGAGCGAAUAUUGUGGACUUUUUUCUGGUGAUAACACAGCUAGGAUUCUGUAGUGCUUACAUUGUCUUCUUAGCUGAGAAUGUGAAGCAAAUUCAUGAAGGAAUUUCAGAGCAUAUAUUGUCACUGAACAGUACAGAUGAAUCAACUCUAUAUGAGAAAAGGAGUAUUGACCUGAGGAUGUAUAUGCUUUGCUUCCUUCCAUUUUUAUUUCUUUUGGUCUUCAUUCGUGAACUAAAGACCCUGGCUGUGCUUUCAUUCCUUGCCAAUCUAUCUAUGGCCGUCAGUCUUAUAAUAAUCUACCAGUACAUUUUUAGAGGCUUGCCAGAUCCCCGCAGUCUUCCAGCUGUGGCUAGUUUGAAGAAAUAUCCACUCUUUUUUGGUACAGCUAUAUUUGCUUUUGAAGGCAUUGGAGUGGUACUCCCACUGGAAAAUCAAAUGAAAGAAACAAAACGCUUCCCAGAAGCAUUGAACAUUGGUAUGGGGAUUGUUACAACUCUGUAUAUAACAUUAGCCACCCUAGGAUAUAUGCGCUUUCAAGAUAAAAUCAAAGGCAGCAUAACUUUAAAUCUUCCUCAAGAUGAAUGGUUGUAUCAAUCAGUGAAAAUUCUGUAUUCCUUUGGGAUUUUUGUGACUUACUCAGUUCAGUUCUACGUUCCAGCAGGAAUCAUCAUUCCAGGAAUCACAUCCAAAUUUCAAAAUAAAUCAAAGAUAAUUUGUGACCUCAUUAUUAGGACUUCCUUAGUUUUUAUCACCUGUAUUAUAGCAAUCCUGAUUCCUCGUUUGGACAUAGUGAUUUCCCUCAUUGGAGCUGUGUGCAGUAGUGCAUUAGCACUCAUUCUGCCACCUUUGAUUGAAAUUGUUAUAUUUUACAAGGAAAGUUUCAGCCUGUGGAUGAUUCUUAAAGAUAUCUUAAUAAUAGUCCUUGGAAUUUCUGGUUUCUUAAUGGGCACUUAUGUAUCUGUUGAAGAAAUUAUUUAUCCUACUACCACAUUAUUGCCUAAUACUACACAAAGUCCAGCUGUAAGUCUAAAUUCAACAUAUGUGUCAUCUGGUUUCAAGUAGUGCUGAUAGUUUUGCAAACCUUCUAUUCUUUCUGUUUAACUGUGAAAAAGGAGUGAGAUGGAAACUAGGAGAAGAUAUUUUUAAAAUACAUUUUUUACAUUUUUUUCAAUAUUAAAUCUUAUUGUGAUGAGUGGCUAUUCUUUAUUAUAGCAGUAUAUUAAAAGUAUUUACCUUGGUGAAAGCAUGCCAUUCAGUUUCAACAAUUUCAAAGAAAAUCAAAAGAUCUAGAAAUUAUUGUACCUUUUUACUUUCUUUUGUUAUACCCUACCUCAUCCAAAAGCCUCUCAAGCCAGACUUUUUAUUUUCUACUUAGGAAACAGGCUACUCCAACAAGGCUGUUGAUAUUCUGUCUUUGGGAACAAUAAUACUUUAAUAAUAAAUACCUUAAAAAUCAACCAAGAAGAAAUAUCUUCCCCAAAUUAUCAUAGUGGACAUUAGUACCAUACAUUGUAAACUGUGUAAAAGAUUAUGAUUUUUAGUUUUAUUAUUUACUAUUAAGCAGCUAAAAAAGCACAGCAAACUCCUAUUUGUUCAAAAUUCAAGCAAUCAGAAAAAUAUAUAUAUAGAAUUUCUUUUAUAGUUCUUUGCAAUUAUUAUUGAUGAUAAUCAUAAUGGUGAUUUCCCUGUAAGACCCUGGAAUGCCUUCUAAAUUAGCAAUAGAAUUAUUAAUCAGUAGUAAUAUAAGUGGAUCAUUGGAAUAAAAAUUAUACUUAUUACUUUAGUCUUUUUAAAAUUCUCAGUUAACCUGGAUAUUUAGUCACUGAGACUAAAUAUCCCAGCUAUCCCAAAUAGGAGAUUACUGUACCUUCAGAUGAAAGCCGUCUUCUUCCCUGUUUAUGCAGAAAGGGAAUAAUAUAUGCUCUCUUGUCCAAAACAAAAAGGAGGACAUGUAUCUCAGUUCUUCUCCCUAAUUUAUUUUCUUCCAAGUACAGGUUGGCUAUCACUGGCAGUAUGAAAGACCUAAACUCUGGCAAUCAGAGAGUGAUUGAGGGGGGAAAUCCCAACCAUCAAUGACUGCAUGUGUUGGACCCAUCUAACAAAAUGAUUACUGGGUAACAGUGAUUACAGUUACACUCUACUAGAUUCUCUGGUCAUCCUUUCCUCCCUAUAAUCUGCAGUUGUUUCCUCAGGACUUCCUCUAUACCUGGGGACAUCUCUCUGCUUCUUUUGCUCCUCUCUGAGAAUCUUAAGACAGUUUGCAGAUUCUAGCCUUUCCUUCCUCACAGCUCUGCCUCUUCUUGUGCCAACUGAUAGGACUUCCAAGAUCUCCAGAAUUUUCUAAACUUUCUGCCUGACUGGAUAUCAAAAAAACUUUUAUUGUUUGGAAUGUGUAGAACAAACUAAUUACAAAGGGAUUUAUUCUUGCUAAAGUAGUCAUUUAUAGGGAAAAAUGACCAAAUGAUAAGUAUUUUCUGAAACUUCCACAAUACAGAAAAAAAUGCUUUCCCUUGUAACCUUGUUUAUGAAAGAAAAUUUUAAGUUAUCUUUCUAUUUACAUAGAUGAAAAUUAAAGGAUAGAAUAUAAUUGCAGAGCAUGAAAAAUAUGGUUAUCCUCUUGGUUUGUGUGGUUCAUGUUUUAGGAGAUUUUAUACUUUUAGGGGAGUGGAUACUCUGAUGUAAUGGCAUUAUUUAAGGAAUUCUCCAGAUCACAAUAGUGGUGCAUUUACUCCAUUUUGAUUUGUUUUUUACAAGUUUGACUUGGCUUAAGGACUGUUUGCUCAUGUCAUUAGUCCCUAAGAAAGUAUACUACUACUCACGUGACAUACUCUUUAUUUUGAUAUCUAUUCAUGAAAGACUUUUUAUAUUGUUUUUAUAUUAGAGUCAUCAAAUAAUACUUUCCUGUGCUUUUAUUUUGUAUUGAAGGCACUACAUUGAAUCUUAAUUUUUAAAUGAAAUAAAAGGCUAUCAAAAAAUAAAACAAGAAACUUUAAUGAAAAGUAGAUUCUGUCAUUGUUAUGGAAAUGCUAAUUUUUUAGAAAUAUUACGCUAACUGGUUACCAGAAAACCACUACUUUUCAUCCAGUUUAAAUGUGAGAAUAUUUUGAGCAUUUAUUUUUAUUAUUUACCUUCUGAUAUUAGAUAAUUCUAUCACAUUUCUACUCUCUUUUCAUUAUUAAACAUUUAUCCCAUUCCUUGGGUAUUCUGAUCAAGAAACAGUUCCCAGCAAUAAAUUAUUUUCCAAUUUAGCUCUUACUAAAGUUAUACACUGUUUCAUCAGGCACCCACAGACAAAAAGUUUUUGUUGAUUACAAAUUCCAUUAGGAAGUUCUCUAAAUUACCCAGUAUGUUAAAUGUAAUGACACCAGGCAAAAAACAAAUAAGAGGUCCAGAAAGUUAAGAAGAUAACUUCACAUUUUAGCAAGAAAUGUAUUUGCCAGUAAAGAUACACUAUACCAGUGCAUUAUUCAUUAAAGGCAGAUGAUGAGAGAGAUAGAAUGUUCUAGGCGAUAUUACUGAGAGCCAGUCUCAAAGGAAGCAUUGGUAGAUUGAGUUUCCUUCCCUGGGAUCCUCUAUAGCAAAGAAUUAACAGAUCUGACAAAAAGAAAGUAGUAGGAUAGUUGUUUGUGAUGAUGAGGUAUUCUAGACAAUGGAAUUUACUAAACAAUGAUGUUAAUUUUUCCUGUGAAAAUUUUAGUUUUGGUGACUGACAGAAGCUUUCUACAUAACAUUUUUUUUCUGUGAAGAUUUCUUUUGCUUGUUGGUACCCAUUGCUGCUUUUACACUGUGGCUGUGAGGAUAUAAAUGAAUAUAUGUGCCAAAGCCAUUUGUGUCCAUUGUCUCAUGUCCAUCACAUGUUAGGUUAAACUUAUUUUAGCCUUUUAUGUGUCAUGUUGAAGAUUUAUGUUCUGCUGACGUGCCAUUCAGUCACAUGGGGACCUUGGACUGCCACAAAGAUUGAAUCACUUAACAUUUGGGCAGCUUAGAGUAACAGGAAAAAAAUACUGUAACAAUAGUGAAGAGAACCUAGGUCCUGGUCCUGGUACUCACUGGUUGGGUGCAUACUUUAUCUAUCUAGGUUCUAGCUUCCUCAUCAGUAAAGUGAUGGGGCUGAACAAGAGCUUCUCUAAGGUUUUCUCCAGAUCUAUUAUUGUGACUCAAUCCUUAAAAUAUAGCCCCAUUCUGGGUCAGUGGUGAUUGACAGAAAUUUGGGGAAAUUCAGGAAACAGACCAAAAAUUAUAUUGGCAUAGUCUUGAAUAAAAAAUGGGAAAAUGUAACUUUAUCAGUUUUUAAGGAAAUCAUUUCAAUGGAGGGUUUGUUUUUUUUCCCUUAUGGUUCAAGAUCAAAUCAUUUGUCUGAAGCCAGUGCUUUUUCUCCUUUAUUUUUCAUCUUAGUCAGUGAUUGAAUAUGAAAGAAGUGAAUUUAUGUAUGUUCUAUAACUUAGGUUUUUGGAAUUUCAAUAAAGAUAACAUCAUUAUUUACUGGA